UCGCGCUGAGUGACUGAGCCGCGGCGACCGCGAAACAACCAACACAGAGACGCGAAUUUCGUACACACUCACGCACGCGCUCACACCGACUCGACCAUUUGCUGCUGCUCUCUAGCACAACAGUGCGAGCAGCCGUCAAGCAGUGCCAGAGGCACAGCGAGCCGUUGCUGCUUGUGUUAUAUAUUAUUGCUCCGAGUGCAGCGCACGUCGUCGCGGCCAGUAUCUACACUGCAGCCGCACAAAUAGGCAGCAGUGCGGUAGCUCUCCCGAAAGGUUCGCCAAGAGAGAGCGAGAAAGAGAGAGAGAGAGAGAGAGAGAGAAAGAGAUACACUGACUGCACUCGCAGCACAAUAUCCGUCCUUAUCGCGUACUGCAGUUUGACUCGAGCGAGCGAGUGUCUGUGCACGCCUGCAGUUUUAUUUUGUACGAGCUGCUGCUGCUGCUCGCUGCAGCUCGCUGUGUUUCUUAGAUACUCGAGAGAGACACCGAGACAGUACAGCCUACGUGCAGACACGCUGCGCUAAUAACGACUCUGCUGCUGCUGCUGCUGCUGCUGACUCUCGACGAUUCGUCGUUUACGUGCGUUGUACGAUUUUUUGCUCGCUCACGCUUCGCCUCUGCGCCACUACGGAAUAUACAACUCGACGAGCAGGCCUGUUAUUCGCCAAUAGCGAUACUCCUGGCCAAUCUCAUUAUGUGCACUUAUACUUCCGGACACUGCAUCGGCCCGUGUUGAGGGUCUGCGUACCGACUGUCGAGCUAAGCAUGCUGAUCUGCUCUGCGGCUGCCGCUGCUGCAUAUAAAUGCUGAUACUCAAUACUGAUCUCUCUCUCUUUCGUGUGCGCGAGUUUCUCUGUGUGUGAGUGCGACGACUGUGAGACUUGGUGCUUUUUUGGCCAACGACGAAGAUUCCCGAAGCAGUGCUUAUAGCUGUCGUCGUCGUCGUUUUUACUCUCCGCCUCAUCCUCCUCGUCCUCGCGUCCAUCCGCUCGAGUGUUUCAACGCAUGAUGUCUCCUGUCUGCGUUGCCCACACACACACGGCAUAGACUCGUCUUCUUCGUCCGUAUGUGACAGCGCGAUAUGAUGUAUUCAACGAUUGUUCAUGCUCCUGGUAGGCAUAAAUAAUAAGCAAACGUCUCGCAGCGAUUCUGCUAUACGAGCCAAACUGCAACGGUGUGCUUGUGUUUUUUGUAUAAUAUAUCAAGUGUGUUGUUUCACGAGAACGUGCAGUGAACCAGCAGUCGUCAUCAACGAGAACGCGAUGUCGACCCCUUUUUCUCAGUGUUGAAGCUCGUUGUUAAACCAUGCUCCAUUCUACCGUGUCCACUUGAAAAUAUUACCGUUUUUGCUAUUUACUCAUGAAGCUUGACGGAAAUGAAAAUUCUCCUCCGAGUGUUUUUACUCAAACCAACUUCUGCAAUAGAUUAGUAAAAGCAGAUGUACUCUCUUCCAGAAAGGUGAUCUUAGCAGCCUUAAAAGCUAGCAAUCAACCAAUUGCAGUAAUUAGGGGAUGCCUAGUCUACAUUCGCUCGUCGUACGACGAGCUUCUCCUAUGGACAUGGGUACUGCCGCAAGUUCUGUAACUGCAGUUAAUCCACACUCCAAAACCAACAGUAGUCCUAAUUCUAAAAAAAUGGAAAAAAAUAGCAAACUCAGUGGUAUAAGACUGCCUUUAUUGCGUAAGGAUACCAGUACCAUCAGUCUUUCUCCAGCUGAAAAAACAGCAAACAAAAAUGGUGGAGAAGCUCCAUUAUUGAGACCAGAAAGUAGUGCUAGCCUUGAAGUUCGAGGUAAUAGCUGGGUCAAUUUAGGGCCUACGGCGUUAAGAAAAUGUGAAACAGCAGUUGGUCUAAGCACAUUGACUCUCGAAGGUCGACCAGUUAAUCGCAGCAGAGUAUGUUCACGCUGUUCAAGUUUAUUAUCACUAGCUUCUGGAUCACGAUACAGCUUAGCUGGGGGUAGUUUUGUUCCAGCAGCUUCAUCACAACAACAAAUUGGCCGUUUAUUAUGUAAACUUUGCUUAACAGAUGUUAUUUCUUCAGAGACUUUUUCUAUUGAAGAUUGUGGUUGCUCUUAUUGCAAAGAUUGCAUGAAUGCCUAUGUUGAGUUUGAAAUCGAAGAAGGAGCUUAUGAUAUUAGCUGUCCAGAUGCUAAGUGUGACCAAGAUGGAAUGCUUUCUAUGAAAGAAAUUAAAACUCUUGUUUCUGAAGAGCUGCUAGAAAAACAUAAAAAGUUUCGUCUGAACCGAGACGUGUCGAUGGACAAAGAUAGAGCUUGGUGCCCACGCGCCGGAUGUGAAACGAUCUGUUCGUUGAACGCUGGCGAGGCAGGAGCCGGUAGCCCGUCAGGACCGGUGCACUGUCCUAGCUGUGCCACGGACUUUUGUUACCGGUGUCGCGAGCCAUGGCACACGGGUCCGUGUCCUGAAACACCGCUCGGGAUACCGUUCGACAGCGACCACAUCAAAUGCUGCCCAAUGUGCUCGGUGCCAAUCGAGAAAGAUGAAGGUUGCGCGCAAAUGAUGUGCAAGCGCUGCAAGCACGUGUUCUGUUGGUACUGCUUGGCUUCGUUGGAUGAUGACUUUUUACUUCGACACUACGAUAAGGGACCAUGCAAGAAUAAACUCGGACAUUCGCGAGCUUCAGUCAUUUGGCAUAGAACACAAGUCAUCGGUAUAUUCGCAGGUUUUGGUUUGCUUUUACUGGUGGCAUCGCCUCUUCUGCUGCUCGCUGCACCAUGCAUCGUUUGUUGUAAAUGUCGUGUCUGCGGCUCUUCAAGACUUGAUCAAGACGACGCUGCUACUGCAACGGCGACAACAACCUUGGUGUCGGGAGCACCUUCGGUAGCGUCGGCCGCGCAAACAACUAACGUUAUAGCCACACCCGCACAGGAGGACGACGCGACGACAUAAACACACUUUCACGCACUAAACUUUAAGAAAAAAAGAAGCCUAUAAUUAAGUGCAGCGCGUGCUACCUUAUUUUUUAUUUUUAUUAUAAUCGUUCUUUCAAUGGUGUGAUACUUUCUGUAUAUAAUCGAUACAAGCACUGAGAAAAGUAUGUUACAGAUGAUUUUUAUAUAAAGAUAAGAUUAAAGAAUUAAUUUGAUAUUAUAGCAUUACACAUAGAAAUAAUCAAGCUUCCAAGACUAAGACUAUAAUAUAUUAUUUUAAUGGAAUAUUUGCUCACAUAUGAAACGGUUAAAGAAAUAAUCAAAGAAUAAGUAUACCUUAUUAUAAUAUUUGAUUAUAAAAAAUAUCUUCAUUAAUGAAACACGGUAAAAAUUUAUCACAAUUUAUUUCCUUGUGAUCUUUAUUAAAACGUUGUAAUUUUUUCUUUAAUUUAAUGUGAUAAAAACUUGAUUUCAUAUACUUCCAAAAUGAAAAUGAUGUAAUUUUAAAAAUCUAAGUAUCUAGCUUUUCAACUAGAUUCUAGUUUUUUUGAGUGUUUUAAUAUAAUUUUCACGCAAAAUUCAAAUUUUUGGAUGUAACAUAAAAUAUUCGAUUCCUUUUUUGAAUUUACUUAUGAGACUGUAUAAAUUAUUCGCAGCUAUUAAUUGUUUCACUUUAUUUUAGAAUUACAAAAAAAAUAUCGAAUAAAAAUGUAUAUUUUAUGAAGAAAUGAUACUUUUCUCAGUGCACGGUAAAAAGAAAUAAGUGUUAGGGGGAGUGUCAUUUAAUAUGACAAAGUUUAAUUCGAUCCGCGAGAUAUUUUACUUCUCGCUUUAAAAAAGUCAACAAAAUCAUGUGAAUCCUCGCUAGUUUUUAAGACGUUGAAUCAAACGAGAAGAGCAACAAAGGGAAGAAAAGUCAUUCUUAAUGUAAUAUGUAUUAUAGAUACUACUUAUUGACUUCCUUUUUUUGUUAAUGAAAUUAGAAAUAUCAGUUUCUAUGCGUUACAUAAUCAGGAUAAGCUGCUAUACAAAUAAAUUGAUUAUCAAGUUACCGCAAAGUUGAACAUAUAAAGAAAAAGGUAAAAACAAAUUAUACAUUCCUCAUAUAAGAGCCAAAUUCAGUGGCUUUAUCGAGCAAAUUUAAAGGUUAUAACUAUCGAUUUUCUCAAAAUUAAAAACUUGAAAAUGUAAGAUUUGGAAAUAGUAAUUAUUGACAUAGUUUGCAUAGAAAAACUUUAAAGUUUUUUCACGACUGUUAUAAAUUAGGCUAUCAUUGAAGUUGCCCAGUAUAAAAAAAGUUUUACAGCGGAUAAAAUUUGUAAAAAUAUCAAUUUACGAUUUUACGCAAAGUGUAUCUAUAUUUCCACAAAAUUAUUACCUUUAUAGAUGACGAAUCUGCAUAAUGUUAAAAAAGGUAUUAUCUACUGAUUUCUUUUGGCGCGUGUGCAUGUACAUAUACAAUUAAGUAAUGGUUAACGAUGUUUAGUGAUAUUUUUAUCAUAAUAACUAGAAAUAAUUAUUAUUUUUGACAGACAAUGUGUUAUAUCAUAAUACGAAGUUUACGUAAAAUACUGUAUUUUUUUAAUAGUUACUCUCAGAUUGACUUAUUAAUCGUUUGUAUCAAAUUGCAUUUGAAAAGUGUACAGAAUAAUUAAGUCAAAUAACAAAUAUUUUUUCCUCUUACUUUUUAAUCUAUUCAAAGUUUUCAUAAUGAAGCUUACUCGGUCUUAACGAAUAUGAUCUUUCACUAUGUAAAUAACUAUUUUAAAAAGCAGAACAUUUACUUAAACCAUUUUUGGUGAACGUAUCUACAUUAUAGAAAUGAAAACAAAAAUCUAAGCACUUGUACUUCUUUCUUCAGAGAUUUCAAGAAUUAUUUUUUUACUCAUAUUGAAGUAACUUAUUUGUUAUGAUUGAAUGGAAGAAAAAUUAUUCUGAUAAAAUGAAUUCAUACUGUAGAAUCAUGUUUUUAGAAAGUCAAAAUUUUUAUUAGAAAUUAAUAUGGCACUCAGUACUAGUCAUUGAUAAUUAGAUCGUAAAGCAAAAUACCAUUGUAUAUAAGAAUAAUUAAUCUUCUAUAUAUUUACAGUAAGCAAAACGCAAAUCAGAUACUUUCCACAGACCGUAUUUAAUUAAUUUGCAAUGAAGAUAAAAUAGUGCCAAAGUAUUCCAACAUUCUUAAUUUAUUAUAAAUUCAAUCAUUGACAAUGGAAUGCCAAUGAGUCAUUUUUUUAUAAUGCCUUAUUCUAAUUACAACACGAUGUACUUUUUCAACUCUACUUUAAAGAAUGUAUGAUAGGACAGGAAGACUCAAUUAUAUAUGAAUUGUGAAGUAUCAUAUGAAAAAACAGUGCUCCGUCAGUAAGAAUUAAAGUUCCAACUGAUGUAAAUAUAAUUAAAAUCAUUCAUUUGCCUUAGCCUUGUAUAGUGUUGUACAAGAAAUUAUGAUAAUUUCAACUAUACGAUUAAUGAUAUUAAUUAUAAAACAACAUUGAUAAAAUGUUAAAAGAAAAUUAACACAAAUAAAAAGUAUGUGAUUAAAAUAUUUUGUUCUUCCAUUAAAUAGCAUUUAUAUUCUUUUCCACUGUUCCACUCCAUGAAAGAUGAAAAAUUAAUCGUCCUCGAAGAUGCUCAGUAUUAUUAAUAGUUACGAUGCAAGGUUUCGUUGAAAAUCGGAUGCAUAACACUCACUUGGAUUUGGGGA